UAUAUUUCUUCCUGUGAAAGCGGAUACAGACCCAGAACAAUUGUGCUCGUCAAGAAAUCACCACUUAUCCGAAAUCAUGCGUUCAAUCACCGCUUUCCUUAGCGGCCUUGCCGUUUUGACCUCCAAUACCGCCCUCGUUUCUGCUGCCACCUUCACCCUCUCAAACGGCAAGCUUGGGGGGUGCAUAAUUGCUAUGACCGAUGCCUGCGGUUGUACCGGCUGGGGUUAUAUCGGCGACGCAAAUUGUGAGCAAUUGAAUGAUGAGGAAACAGUCUCUGGCAUCUGUGAGAGCAAUGAUGAAACCUUGAUAAAUUUUGGACGGGUAAAUGUUCCUGUGGCUUAUGGCAACGACGACGGAAGCUGCGGCGUGGGCUGCGAUUUUGGUAGUAAAGCUGCUGGUUCCACAUGCUCAGCGUGAAGCUCGUUAUGACAAAACUAGUUUUGUGCUAAAGCUUGGGUUCGAUCUGAG